CGAGCUUCUGUGACCACGCACGCUCUGGCAGCAGCGUUUGGUUUCCUUGGCAGCGGGAGGAGGGGGCGGAGCUCCGGCUUUACUUGUUGUGCCACAUCGUCCCACAACACGGAGGCAUCCGCCUUUACGGCAAUAGCGCUUCAACGAGGCCCCGCCCGCGGCCAUGGCUAAAGACCCGUUGGCCGAGGCAGGCUUUUACUUCGAUGAGCUCAACAAGCUGCGGGCCCUGGACCCCGACGUCAGCCAGAAGACCUCGGAGCUCAAGGAGGAGUGUAAAGAGUUUGUGGACAAAAUUGGCCAGUUCCAGAAGAUAGUGGGGGGGCUGAUUGAGCUGGUGGACGAGCUGGCAAAGGAAGCGGAGACAGAGAAGAUGAAGGCCAUCGGAGCCAGGAACCUGCUGAAGUCAGUGGCGAAGCAGAGAGAAGCUCAGCAGCAGCAGCUGCAGGCGCUCAUAGCCGAGAAGAAGAUGCAGCUGGAGAGGUAUCGCAUUGAGUACGAGGCCUUGUCCAAAGUGGAGUCGGAGCAGAACGAGUUCAUCGACCAGUUCAUCCUGCAGAAGUGAGGGGAGGGGAGAUAUAUUUAUACAAAGAUUAUUUAUACUGAAGAAUGACUCUGUAUAUUUAGUUUUACUACUUUUUGUAUUAAUUUCAAUACUGCAUGUUCAUGCACUCUGUAAAUAUAUUUUAAAAGAUUGAAAUUGAUCAGCUUUGAUUUCAGGAAGAAGUCGUCUUCUUUUCUGUGA